AUGUUGCAUUCCAUUGGAAACUUAACUCAAAGAGCACAAUCGAAUGUGGCUUAUGCGCAUAGCAUAGACUUCUUUGUUAAUGGCAAGCAAGUUGUCCUCAAAGAAGGCGAGUUCAACCCAACCAUGUCCGUUGCCGAUUGGCUUAGAUCCGAUAAGGUCAAGCUUUUUGGUACAAAAAUCAGUUGCGGUGAAGGUGGCUGCGGCGCUUGCACAGUUGUUAUUUCCUCAUAUGAUCCAAUUACAGGAACUGUAAAGCAUCGUCCAGUCAACUCUUGCCUUACACCAGUUGCCCAGCUUCACCACUGCUCAUUGACAACAGUUGAAGCUCUUGGUAACCUUCGUGAAGGUUUACAUCCAGUUCAAGCUGCUAUUGUCAAGCACCACGGCACACAAUGCGGCUAUUGCACACCAGGUUUUGUUAUGAAUGGUUACGCCAUGCUCCUCGACAACCCACAUCCAAAGGUUCAUGAAAUCGAAGAACAAUUUGAUGGAAACCUUUGCCGUUGCACAGGUUAUCGUUCAAUUGCUGAUGCUUUCCGUGAAUUCUCAGAUGUUGCUCCAUCCGAUGACAUCCUUGUUUCACCAGAGCCAACAAAGAUCAAACAACAUCAGGAUCCAUUCGUCCCAGACUACGCCAAGAAGCCAAUUGAUGAGCCAGUCCUCAUCAACUACGGCAACGUCAAGUUCUUCAUCCCAGCUACAGUUGAACAGUUAGUUCAACUCAAAGCUGAGUAUCCAGCAGCCAAGAUCGUCGCUGGUUCCUCAGAAGUUGGUAUCGAAGUUCGCCAGAACGUACCACAAGAGGCUGUUUUCAUCUCAUCUGCUCACUUACCAGAACUUAUCACCCUUAAUCUUGAAGACGACAAGCUUACAUUUGGCGCCUCCACAUGCCUUCAGGACAUCAUGAUGUUCUGCGAGCACAAGCUUAAGGAAGACCUCCCAGCUGAGAAGAAGCGCCUUCUUAAGCAGCUUCAUGAGCGUCUACGCUACUUCGCUUCUACACAAAUCCGUAACACAGCCACAGUUACAGGCAACCUUGCCCACGGUGGUGCUGUUACUGAUCUUUCCAACUUCCUUCUUGCUACAGAUGCAAUUUACCACGUCAAGAACGCCAAGAAGGGUAUCGAUGAGGACGUCACAAUUGAGAAGUUCUUCACAGCUUACAGAAAGACAAAGCUUGAUCCAUCAGAUGUCAUCACACGCUUCGAAAUCUCACUCAUGAAGAAGAACGAGUACGUCGGCCAGUUCAAGCAAGCUCACCGCCGUGACGAUGAUAUCUGCAUCGUUUCUGCUUCCAUGAAGGUCACUCUUGGUGCUGAUGAUGUUAUCGAAGACAUCAAGAUCGCCUACUCUGGCAUGGCUGCCUUCCCACAGCGCGCUUACCAGACAGAAAACUUCCUCAAGGGCAAGAAGUUCGACGACUCCACAAUUCAGGCUGCAUACCAAUACAUCCACAAGGACUUACCACUCGAUGACUACGCACCAGGUGGCUUCGUUCCAUUCCGCCGCGACCUUGCUGAGUCCUUCCUCUUCAAGUUCUACCAGCAGACACUUAAGGAGAUGGGCAGAAAGUACGACCCAACAGCUGUCGAUCUUAUCGAGAGACCAGUUCCAAAGUUCACAAACAUGAACUGCCAGCCAGAUAACGUCGAAGUCCUCAAGCCAGAGCUCAAGGGCAUCGGCAAUCCACUCCACCACAGAUCUGCUCAGCAGCAGACAACAGGUGAAGCUGUCUACGUCGAUGAUAUCCCAGAUCCAAAUGGCUGCUUACACGGUGGCUACGUCAUGUCAUCAAUUCCACACGGCAAGAUCAAAUCAAUCGACUACGGACCAGCUCUCAAGGCACCAGGUGUUGUUGAUGUUGUCACAUACAAGGAUGUCAAGGGCCUCAACUCAGUCGGUGAUGUCUGGAAAGAUGAACCAGUCUUUGCUGAGGAUGAAGUCAGAUUCAUCGGCCAGCCAAUCGCUAUGAUUCUCGCUGAUACACACGAGCACGCCUGGGAAGCUGCUAAGCUCGUCAAGAUUGAGUACGAAGAGCUUAGACCAGUUCUUUCAAUCAAGCAAGCUGUAGAAGAGAACUCCUUCUUCGAUGUCCACCACCAGAUUGUCCGCGGUGACACAGAGACAGCCAUGAAGAAGGCCCAGCACGUUGUCGAAGGCAAGCUUUCCAUCAACGGCCAGAGCCACUUCUACCUCGAGACAAACUGCGCUUUAGCCGAACCACUUGAAGAUGACAAGAUCAAGAUCACAUCUUCAUCCCAGAACCCAACAUUCGGCCAGCUCGAAAUUGCCAGAGUCUGCAACAUCCCAGCUAACAAGGUCGACUACCACGUCAAGAGAAUGGGUGGUGGCUUCGGUGGCAAGGAAACACGUGCUUCCACACUUACAAACGCUGUUUCUGUUGCAGCUCUCAAGGUCAAGAGACCAGUCAGACUUUCUCUCGACAGACAGAUCGAUAUGGCUACAAUCGGCCAGCGCCAUCCAUGCGAGACCAAGUACAAGGUUGGCUUCAACAACGAUGGCACAAUCCAGGCUGUUGAGUUAGAUAUCUUCUUCGACUGCGGCUGGUCAUUAGAUCUUUCCAUCGCUGUCACAGAUCGUGCUUUGUUCCACUCCGACUCAUCAUACUACAUUCCAAACCUCAGAACACGCUCCCACCUCUGCAAGACAAACACAAUCACAGGCACAGCUUUCCGUGGCUUCGGUGGUCCACAGGGCAUGAUCUCCAUGGAAACAGUCGUUGAGCACGUCGCUAGAGAGCUCAAGAUGCCAGUCGAAGCUGUCAGAUGGAAGAACCUUUAUCAGGAAGGCCAGAUGACACACUUCCACGUUCCUCUCAAGAACUGCAACGUCGAGAGAUGCUGGAAGGAAGUCGACCAGAAGUUCAACCUCAAGAAGAUGAGAGAGGAAUGCGACAAGUUCAACGCUGAACACAAGUACAGAAAGCGCGGUGUUGCCAUGACACCACUCAAGUUCGGUAUCGCCUUCACAUUCUCUCCACUCAACCAGGGCAAUUGCCUCGUCCACAUCUACAAGGACGGCUCUGUCCUCAUUUCCCACGGUGGCACAGAAAUGGGUCAAGGCUUACACACAAAGAUGUGCCAGAUCGCCGCUUCCGUCUUAGAUAUCCCAGUCGAUUUAGUCAGAAUCGAUGAGACAUCCACAGACAAGUGCGCUAACACAUCUCCAACAGCUGCCUCAUCCGGAUCAGAUCUCAACGGCCACGCUGUCUACGAUGCUUGCAUCCAGCUCGCUGCCAGAUUGAGAAGAUUCAGAACAGACAAGAACAAGAAGUGGAAAGAUGUCGUCAUGGACGCCUACCUCAACAGAACAGAUCUUUCUGCUCACGGCUACUACUCCAUGAAGGAUGUCUACUAUGACUGGAACACAGGCAUCGGCCAGCCAUUCCAGUACUACACUUACGGUGCUUCCGCUGCUCUCGUCGAAAUCGACUGCUUGACAGGUGACCACCAGAUCAUCAGAUCCGAUGUCUUGUUCGACACAGGCGAGUCCAUGAACAAGGGUAUCGAUAUGGGCCAGUUGGAAGGUGGCUACAUCCAAGGUGUCGGAUGGCUCACAACAGAAGAAGUCAUGAAGGGCAACUUCGAAGAGAACAGAUGGAUCAAGCCAGGCAAGGUCCACACAAACGGCCCAGGCUACUACAAGGUCCCAGGCUUCAACGACUUACCACACGAGUUCAACAUCGGAUUCCUCAAGGAUUCCUCCAACUCUGUCGGUAUCUUCUCAUCAAAGGCCAUCGGUGAGCCACCGUUCUUGCUCUCACACUCUGUUCCAUUCGCCAUCAUCGAUGCUAUCCGCGCUGCACGCAAGGACAACGGCGCUUCUCAGGAGUUCCAGUACGACUUCCCAAUGUCCGCUCCUCGCAUCAGAGAACUUUGCGGAUUGAAGCUUAACAAGAAAUAA